AUGUCCCAGCUACAACCGGAGGAGCCAGCGGUGGCUGCCCCCAUCGGCCCGCAGUACAAGGAGGAGAAGCCGGAAGCCACCGUGUCGACUCCCAUCAAGCAUUCGAAUGUGCACAUUCUUCCGCAGACCCCGCAGUUGAUUGCGCUGCUCACCAUGAUCCGCGACAAGACCACCGUCCGCGGCGACUUCAUCUUCUACAGCAACCGCAUCAUCCGCCUCCUCGUCGAGGAGGGGCUCAACCACCUUCCCGUGAUCUCGCACGCCGUGACCACGCCCACAGGCCGCUCCUACCAGGGCGUCAAGUUCGAGGGCAAGAUCUGCGGCGUCAGCAUCAUGCGCGCCGGCGAGGCCAUGGAGCAAGGGCUGCGCGACUGCUGCCGCUCCGUGCGCAUCGGAAAGAUCCUCAUCCAGCGCGACGAGGAGACGUGCAUGCCCCGCCUCUUCUACGAUAAGCUGCCCGAGGACAUCAGCUCGCGCUACUGCCUGCUGCUGGACCCGAUGUUUGCGACGGGGGGGUCGGCGACCAUGGCCGUGGAGGUGCUGAUCUCGAGGGGCGUGCCGGAGGAGAGGAUCUUGUUCCUGAACCUGAUUGCGAGCCCGCAGGGGAUUCAGGGCUUUGCGGAGAGGUUCCCGAAGUUGAGGAUUAUUACGGCGUUUGUGGACCAGGGGUUGGAUGGGAAGAAUUAUAUUGUCCCGGGGUUGGGUGACUUUGGUGACAGGUUCUACUGUAUCUGA